AUAUUGACAGAAGCUGCAGGAGUAUCAUAUUUUGUGUUGCAUUGACUGACUUCAGGAAAUCAUUAAACUAGCUCUUCACCUGGAGCCGUCGUCUUUAUGAUGAUUUCUCUGCAAGAUUCAGAUCCAAUUAUACGAGACUACAUGAUUAAACAUUCACUUCCUCAGAUAUACAAGGCUUUACUUGCUGGGUUAUGCAUCUCAUGCCCUGAGGAUCCUUUGCUCUUUAUAGAGGAGAAGAUCCUAUCUAUCCUUGAGGAUCAUGAUUUUGAGAUCUGCUGGCACACAUUUAUUGACAAAGACAAACAAAUCUCCUCAUUGGCAGGAGGCAUUGUGUAUGAUAUGUUUGGAAACCCAGAAGACAGCCUGUGUCCGUCACAUUUGUUAGAGAAAGUGUACUCCUGUUAUCGCACCAGCCUGACCAAAAUGUGUUUCACGGGUUGGAAGGGUUAUAUUUCAAAGAAGAAAUUGAAGGCUGCCAGACUCCUGGAGAGAAUGGAAGAGGCUGAGAUGUAUCACAAACAGAGACGGAUAAAACUGGCUUUCAUCAAGUGGACAGCCUGGGUUCAGUUUCGCAAACGGAGGAAGAAUGAUGCCGUGAGGAAACUACAAAAAGUGCAGGAGUCUGUUCACUGCAGAAACUUCAUCACAGCUUGGCGUCAUGUUGUGCAGGACGCUAAAAGAACAAAGGAAUACUUUAAGAGGCUAGAGAGAGAAUUACAAGAAAGCCAGAACUCAGGGAGACCAGAAAGUGAUGGCCAGGACAGACUAUCACUGCUCCCUAACAAGCUGUCUCUUAAGAUCUUCCAAAGUUUAGGUGUGCGUGAGCUCCUGAAAUGUGCUCAGGUGUGUCGUUCUUGGAAAGCGAUCACUCAAAUCAGCUUGCUGUGGAAUGAGAUCGAUUUCUCCCUUGAGGCCAGCUGGAUCACAGAUCAGACUGUGCAGAGAAUACUGCAUGUGCAUCGCGUCUAUGUGAUCUCUGUCAACUUGUGCGGUUGCGCACUGGUGCAGGAGUCGAGUUUUAGACGCAUCAGUAAAUUUACUUUAACCAGCCUUAAAAAUUCAUACAUUUUUGAUGCAAUCAAAAAUAUGAUAAGGACCAUGCUUGUGUUUUUUUUUUUUUUUGUCAAAGGUCAAUGCAGAAAUCUUCAAGAACUUGAUCUCAGUGAAUGCUCACAUCUUAAUGAUGAAAAUAUGAAGAUGAUUUUAGAGGGAUGCCGCUCUCUCCUGCAUCUUAAUCUGGCAUUCACUCAUGUUACUAAUGCCACUUUAAGAGUCUUGUCAAGAUGCUGUCUGACGCUGCGGUCUCUGAGUCUCGCAUACUGCACAAGUUACUCUGAUAAAGGCCUGCAGUAUCUGAGCACAGGAAAAGGCUGCCACAGACUCACGUAUCUGGAUCUCUCUGGGUGUUCUCAGAUAUCUGUGGAUGGAUUUAAAUAUGUUGCUGAAGCUUGCAGCACACUUCAACAGAUUGUGUUAGACGAUCUCCCCACCCUGACUGACACCUGUGUGCAGGUCUUAGUGGCCAAAUGUCGUACGUUGGCUACGAUUUCCAUACUGGACUCACCGUAUCUCUCUGAUGUGGCUUUCAAAACAAUGGCUGAAGUGACCAGCCUCACUAAGAUCCAAAUAGAAAGUAAUAAUCGAAUGACGGACAGCAGCUUGAAGGCCCUGUGCCGGAGCUGUCUGAAGCUCAGCGAGAUCCAGGUGUCUGACUGCACUCGCAUGACUGAUGCCAGCUUGAAGUCUUUAGGAAGUCUGACAAAACUGUGCAACUUAAAUAUCUCAGGCUGUAUCAAGGUCACAGAUAUGGGAAUCCAUUACAUCACUGAAGGAGCAUCUGCUGUGGAACUGCGAGAGCUUGAUCUUUCCUACUGCCCAAAACUUACUGACCUUUCCCUGAAAAGAAUAACUCAGAAAUGUAGCAAGCUGACCCACCUGAGUGUGUGUUUCUGUGAGAACCUGACAGAUAAUGGAUUUGAGUGUCUGGACAAUUGUGCUUCUCUCGUCUCUCUGGACAUCACAGGCUGCAAAAUACAUGACAAAGGACUAGCAGCCUUGGGAACUAACCACAGUCUGAGAAAACUGACCGCAUCUGAAUGUGUUUUCAUAACAGAUAAUGGAAUAAAGAUGUUUUGCCAAAAGUGUAAAAGCCUGGAGCUUCUGGAUGUGUGUCAGUGUGUGUGUCUGUCUGAUCGAGCCAUCAAAGCCCUCUCCUUCUUCUGCAGGACCAUUGCCACAGUCCGAAUAGCUGGAUGCCCUAAACUGACAGAUACAGCAGUGAAGUACCUGACAAGAGUUGGUCACUUCCUGAAGGAGCUGGAUGUGAGUGGCUGUCCUCUCCUGACUGACCGCACUCCUUCCCUUCUACUGUGCAGCUGUCUGCAGCUGCGGUCCAUCAGCAUGCUCUGCUGCAGGAACAUCUCCAAACAGGCUGCUCUGAAACUGCAGCACCGUGUCCAACACUGGAAACACAGUAACGAUGACGCCCCCUACAGUCAGGACUAACUACUACAGCUUGACCAGAUCUGGACCAACUGGAGAAACAAGACAUUACAAACUGACAUUACCUACACUGUGGGGAAAAAAAUGACAUAUUGUGUAAUUUAUCGGAUUUCAUAAGAAAUCACUUUUUAAGCUUUUUUGCACAAUUAUGAAUCUUUAGUUAAUAAAUAUUGAAAAGUACUUAUGCCACUGAAUGGCCUGACAAAAAGGUUUGGAAUUCCUUUAGCAAACCGAAGUUUUUUGGCAUUGGUUAUAAAAGAGGAAAUGUUUUAUAAAAAUUGAAAUUUAUAUAAACUAGAAAAUAUAGGUGGCUUCAUAUGCAGAAAUGGACUGGAACUAUUACAUAUUUCACGAACCCAGUUUCAUAAGAAAUAAAAGAAUAAGGCAUCAGUUUUGAAAAAUACCAAACUUUAUAAUCAGGAUUGAAUAUUAUUUUGUACUCUCUUACUAUUGUUUGGGUAUUUUUAUGACAAAGAAAUACUGUGGGACCUUUGUUUUAAUUAAAUAUGACAUUUAUAU